GCCAAAUAUACCUCUACGACCAAUCGUAUCACUCCCAGGAACCCCAACAUACAAUUUAUCCAAAGAACUAUACAGAAGACUGAAACACUUGACGAAAUCAUGUGAUCACUCCAUCCAAUCUGCGACCCAAUUUUUAGAGAAAAUCAAAGGCAUUGAAAUAGACAGCCAAGAAAUAAUGGUAUCCUUCGACGUCACGGCAUUAUAUACUUCAAUUGGACUAAAACUAGCAAAAGAAACCAUGGAACAACUACUCAACAACGACGAACACAUACAACAAUCAAAAAUGCAGCAUUCAAGUUGGAUGGAAUGCAUAAACUUGUG